UACACACCCACACACCAGUCCACCGCGCACACUUUACGCGGCUCUCUUGUACGAUUCAGAAAUCGUCGGUCCGUGUCAACCGUACGUUGCGCUGCCGACUCUUCGCGUUGUGUUGUCCGUUUGUGGACACUCCGUGGUACGUUCUUCUUCCGCAGUCGCCGGUUUUUCCCGUUUUGAUGUUUCCCUCGUUCCGUCGCAUGCGCGUCAGUCGUUACGCUAGUACUAAUAAUAUUCAGCUGACCAUGUGAAAACAGCCUGCUGUGCUGCACACGAAGAGCCUACUGACGAGUUCUGGAGCGGAAUUUUCGCACGUGUGAAGGAAGCACACUUCGUUUCGGUGAGAAAUUUCCAGUUAACGUGAUUUGUGAGAGGAACAACGCUGCUGCACAUCAUGUCGGCGGGAUACCGAUCAGGAAACAUGCCUGGUGAAGUUUUAUUCCAGUGGUUCUCUUGCUGUGUAAACCAACGUACUCAACAGGGCAAACGUCAUGUAAAUCGAGUACGCAUUGAUCGAUCAAUGAUUGGAGCGCCCACUAAUUUUCGGCAUACCGGUCACAUAGGUUCGUCCGAUGUUGAAAUGGGAUCGUCUAGAUUGCACGCCAUCCAUGGACAAAUGCAGUCUAAAGGCGGUUACGAAGCUACCAUUGAAGCGAAUUGAACUCUGGCAAUUGAGAUGAACUGUGAUCGAAAUUCCUUGUGCGCCCAAAACAAUUUUGGGAUUGUUAUUCCAUUAUUAUUUUUUUUUUUAUUUUUUUUUUUAUUAAUACUAUAGCCAAGUAUAUGGAUAGCAUUCGUCAUCAGUCAGACUAGUGUUUAUAUUCUCUAUUAUAAUUAUCAUUAAAUCAACUAUUAUUUUUUACUUUAAUUUUAAAAUUUUAUUUAAACUAUUAAGUAGUUUGUCGUGUCUUUAGUACACGAUAGGCCGUCUUAAUAAACAUCUUGUGCUUACUAGUCUGGUUUUAUUUAUAUAUGUAUCCAUUUAUAUAUAUAUAUAUAUAUAUAUAUAUAUAUAUGUUUUUUAUUUUAUUUUAUAUGUAUAUAUACAUAAAAAAUGUAAUUAGCUUAAGAUUUGAAUUCAGUUGUGAUGUUUUAGUGUUUUUUGUCUUUGAGUGCUUAUCGAUUUUUUUUUCAAUAAAAAUAAUGUUCAAUGUUGCCACUAUUAUAUGAUGCAAAUCAAAAACAAUUAUAUCCAUUUGUACAAUUUUUAAUGGCAUAUAUCAGUACCUCAAAAAAAUGAUAAGCCCAACAAAAUUGUAUUAACUAUUAAGGCUU